AAAUAGCAAAAACCAUCGGCACUUGCCCCAAAACGCCCUCUUAGGGUUUCUCUAGCUUCGAAUGCACAAUCCCAAUCUGAAAACCGCGACCCAGAAAAUGCAGAAAAUCAAAGCCAAGGACAAAACGGGAACCACGUCUACUGCUUCCUCCACGACCUAAAACCCUAUAAACCCGCUGCAUCCACGAGUACAGUACAAUUCGGAGCCACUCCAACUACCUCAACCCUUCUACCUCCCAAUUCCCAGAUCCAUAUCUUUCAAAACCCCACGAUCCAAAUUCCACCAUGAAGAAAAAACCCAGAACCCCAAAGCCGAAACCCUUUUUAGCAACCCUCUCAGCCUUACCUGGGCCGUCCUUGAUUAAGCACUUAGCGUCUUGCAACGCCUCAAUCAGAUCCCAAUCCCUCAAGCUAAUUCAAGCUUGGCUGUCAGACUCUCAAACCGAACUUCCCGAGGAUGAUAUGAAAAGGCUGUGGAAGGGGCUUUUCUAUUGCCUUUGGCAUUCGGAUAAAGCUCCUGCUCAAGGUUUACUCAUCAACCGUUUGUCUUCCUUGCUAAUUACGCUUGACCCUUUGCUUUCUUUGCAGUAUUUUGGCUGUUUUUUGGUAACUCUUCGUCGUGAAUGGACCGGCAUUGAUCAUUUGAGAUUGGAUAAGUUUUACUUGCUCAUUAGGAGGUUUGUGAAUGGGGUUUUUUCUUUGAUGAGGAAAUACAUGUGGGAUUUGGAGUAUUUGGGGAAAUAUGUUGAGGUGUUGGAGGAAAAGGGGUUUUUGGCCAACGAUAAAUUGUUGGGUAAUGGGGUGAAUUAUCACGUUGUUUCUGUUUUUCUUGAUGAGUUGAAAGGAUUUAAGGUUCCGCUGGCGAGAAAGGAAGUGGUGCAGUGUUUGUUUAAGCCGUUCUUUAGUGUCAUGGGGAGGUCUUUGGAUAAGGUUUUGGUGGGAAAAGUGAAGAGUUGUGUGUUUGAUACUUUGUUGGACGGAGGAAGGGCGUUGUUGCAGCGAAAGAAAAACGGGGUUGAUGAGAAAGAUGGUGAAAUUGGGGAUAUGUUGUUGGGGUUAAUCGCAUUGAAGAUGGGGUUUUCUGGGAGGCUUUAUGAGGUGGGAGCAUCUCCUGACUGUCUUCAGGGGAAUAGGAAGGUGGUUCUUGGGUUGCAUGAAGAAUUUUUGAAGCUGGAGGGGGAAAUGCAAGCAUCACAGAUUGAUUUUGCCAUUCCAGAGUUUAACGAGGUUGAUGACAAUGAUGGAGAAGAGGUGCCUCAGUUAAUCCCGAUAGAUAAUGGUGUCAGGGAAGUAGUUGCUGCAUCACAGGAUGAAGAUGCUGAUCCUGUUGUUGAAAAAGAAGGGAAUAUUAAGAAGAAGAAGAAGAAGAAGGGGAAGGAAGCAGGCGAUAAAAAAGCUAAGAAGAAGAAAAAGGAGAAGGAUAGGGUUAUGGACUAUACCUAUAGGAUUGAAGAAAAUGGUGUAGUUAAUGCUAAUUGUUCAGAAAACUGCAAUGCAGGUAACGUUUAUGCCUUGGAAAAUGCGAAUGCAGUUUCUGCUAAUGGUUAUGAAUCAACCAGUGCUUUCAAGAAUGAUGAAAGUGUCUUGGAAUUCAGCGAGUCCGUGAUUUCAAAUCUUCAGCUCCAGUUUGAGAAGAUUGCUGCUGAGCAAGGUUCUGAUGAUGACUUAAAGUCUUCUGAUGACUUGCCUCUAGUCGCAAUGAAAAAGAAGAGAAAGAGAGCUAAAAGUGCAGAUAGUCGUUGCAAUCCAGAGGUGGGCACUGAAGGAGAGGAUGGACUAGAUGCCAGUGCAAAGAGUGCCAAGAAAGUGAGGUUUGCAAUGAAGAAUAACUUGAUCUGGAAGCCACAUAGUCCAUUGCCACCUCAAAGUUUAAGGAUACCACCCUCUCUUACUCCAAGAGGUAGUGCACUCAAAAAGGGAGUACCUCCAGGUCCCAUCAGAGAAAUGCCUCCUGCAACCAAGAAGGUGAAGCAGAAGAAGAAGGGACGAAAGAUAUUAAGGACAAUUUCUCCUGGCAUGAAACGACUCAAGAAGGUCCGAGUUGUUUCUGUUUAACAAUCUCUGGAAUCCUGUCAUUGUAAGUUUAGUUGGUUAGUGCUUUUAUCCUUCAAAAGUGUGGGAAUCUAGAAUAUUGUGUUUUGUAGCUGAGGUAGCUAAAUUGGAUGGAUAAGAGUUCAAACGUUGUGAUUUGUUUCUCAUUUGUUUCUCAUUUGCAUACAACAGUUGAACUGAAAUCUAUUACUUUGGACAGAAAAAGAAUUUGAACCAUGAUCGGCACAGUUUAAUA